GAAACCAUUUCAUUAUGGCUCACGUUGGACUGUUCUCUUUGCUGAUCAUGCAAAGUGUGGUGAUAGGAGCAACUUUCCCAGAUGAAAGCAUAGCAGAGUGGUCAGUGAGCAUGUAUAACCACCUUCGAGCCACUGGGGAAGAUGAGAACAUCCUCUUCUCUCCAGUGAGCAUUGCCCUUGCAAUGGGAGUGAUGGAGCUCGGGGCUCAAGGAUCUACUCUGAAGGAAAUCCGCCACUCAAUGGGAUAUGAUGGCCUGAAAAAUGAUGAAGAAUUUUCUUUCCUGAGAGACUUUUCUAAUAUGGUCUCUGCUGAAGAAGGCCAAUAUGUGAUGAAAAUUGCCAAUUCCCUCUUUGUGCAAAAUGGAUUUCAUGUCAAUGAAGAGUUUGUGCAAAUGAUGAAAAAGUACUUUAAUGCAGAAGUCAGUCAUGUGGACUUCAGUCAAAAUGUAGCUGUGGCCAACUACAUCAAUAAGUGGGUGGAGAAUUAUACAAACAGUCUGUUGAAAGAUUUGGUGUCUCCAAGGGAUUUUGAUGCUGCCACUCAUCUGGCUCUCAUCAACGCUGUAUAUUUCAAAGGCAACUGGAAGUCACAGUUCAGACCUGAAAACACCAGGACUUUUUCCUUCACUAAAGACGAUGAAAGCGAAGUGCAGAUUCCAAUGAUGUAUCAGCAAGGAGAGUUUCAUUACGGGGAAUUUAGUGAUGGAUCCAAUGAAGCUGGUGGCAUCUACCAAGUCCUUGAAAUACCCUAUGAGGGAGAUGAGAUCAGCAUGAUGCUGGUACUGUCCAGACAGGAAGUUCCACUGGCCACACUGGAACCUCUGCUUAAAGCACAGCUGAUCGAAGAAUGGACAAACUCUGUGAAGAAACAAAAGGUGGAAGUGUACCUGCCCAGGUUCACAGUGGAACAGGAGAUUGAUUUAAAAGACAUCUUGAAAUCCUUUGGGGUCACUGAAAUUUUCAUCAAAGAUGCAAAUCUGACUGCCAUGUCAGAUAGGAAAGAGCUGUUCCUCUCCAAAGCUGUUCACAAGGCCUUCAUCGAGGUUAACGAGGAAGGGUCGGAAGCAGCUGCAGCCUCGGGAAUGAUUGCAAUUAGCAGGAUGGCCGUGCUGUACCCUCAGGUUAUUGUCGACCAUCCAUUUUUCUUUCUUAUCAAGAACAGGAAAACUGGUACAAUCUUAUUCAUGGGACGAGUCAUGCACCCUGAAACAAUGAACACAAGUGGACAUGAUUUUGAGGAACUUUAAAUGAUGAUGUUUGAGCAUAAAAAGAAAGCAGUAACAAAGCACAUUAUAUUUGCACUUGGUAUAUAUUUAGGAUUUUUGUUUUGCAGUAUUACUUAAGGAAAUAUUUAAAUAGUACUGGAUAGUAGUAAUACACGUGACAUAUGAAUCAGCCUGUCAAGAAAUGUUAGCAGUAUAAAGUAAAUGGUCCUGUUGUGUUAUUGUGUCUGUUAUGCUCUUGUUUAAAAAAUAAAAGUACGUAUUGAAUAUGUGAACAACGUUUUUUCACUUUAGAGGUAGUUGUAGUAUAUACCACU